AUGGCGGCGAUGGAAGCCGCCGCCGACGCUAUGCUCGCCGCCGCGAGCUGCGCCUUCACGAGCACCUUCGCUAUCGCCAUUCAGAUCCAGGGGUGUGGGAUCUGUUUAGUUCUUGCCCUCGGGUGGGUGGCUGCUUCAAUUGUCAGAAAAAGGGUUAUAAAGAACAUGAGGCGCAACAUUGUAGAUGGAAAUAGUUUUGCAUUUCUUUGUGACAACAUAGAUGAGCUUGAGCACUCUGUUCAGGAGAAUUUACCUAGAGUCUCUGUAAUUAUGCCUUUGAAGGGCUUUGGUGAACAUAAUUUGCAAAAUUGGCGAAGUCAGAUUACAUCACUUUAUGGGGGGCCAUUGGAAUUCCUGUUUGUCGUAGAGAGCAAAGACGAUCCGGCUUAUCAUGCUGUUUCCCGUUUGAUCGCAGAGUACAAGGACAAUCUGGAGGCGAAGGUGGUUGUGGCUGGGUUGUCAACAACCUGUAGCCAGAAAAUUCACAAUCAAUUGAUCGGUGUUGAAAAGAUGCACAAGGAUACCAAGUAUGUCUUGUUUCUUGACGAUGAUGUGAGGCUGCAUCCUGGGACUAUCGGAGCUCUCACAAAAGAAAUGGAGAAGAAUCCUGAGAUCUUUAUACAAACUGGAUAUCCCCUUGACUUACCUUCUGGCAGUUUGGGCAGCUAUUGCAUAUAUGAAUACCACAUGCCUUGCUCGAUGGGAUUUGCAACUGGUGGGAAGACUUUCUUCUUGUGGGGUGGCUGUAUGAUGAUGCAUGCUGAUGAUUUUAGGCAAGACCGAUAUGGUGUUGUCAGUGGAUUAAGAGAUGGUGGUUACUCAGAUGAUAUGACACUCGCUGCAAUAGCAGGACAGCACAAAAGGCUCAUAUCUUCACCUCCUGUUGCUGUGUUUCCACACCCUCUUGCCAGUGAUCUUAGCUUCUCCAGAUACUGGAAUUACCUCAGGAAACAAACUUUUGUUCUUGAGUCAUAUGUAUCGAAUGUCAACUGGAUGAUGAACCGUGCAUUAUUUACAAGUCAUUGCUAUCUGUCAUGGGGGUUUGUCUGCCCAUAUAUUAUGGCUUUGGUCCAUGUUUUAGCUGCUCUUCGAGCACCGUACAGCAAAGUUGUAAAGGAAGCGUCCGAUUCAUCUUGGGGUUUGUUCCUAGUGGGCCUCUUGUUCAUAUGCACUCUCAUCGAGCUUGUUUCAAUGUGGAAUUUGACAAAGGUGGAAAUUCAACUAUGCAAUAUGCUAUCCCCUGAAGGACCGAAAGUAUCUCUUGAUUCGUACAAUUGGGGGCUUGUGUUCAUUGCUUUGUUGGUAGACAAUUUCCUCUAUCCAAUAUCUGCAUUCAGAUCACAUUUCUCCCAAUCAAUCAAUUGGUCUGGUAUCCGAUACUACUUGAGAGAUGGGAAAAUAAGCAAGAUCGAAAGAGAGAACAGUUCAAAGUAUACUGAUCUCGGAGGGAAGCAUCUAUAUGGCAAGAGGACAUACCCUCCUAAUAAAUCAUUGCUUGGUUACCUGUCAAGAACUCUAGUGCAAUGGCAUCAGCCAAAGAAAUAUGAUGUGCGCACCGAUGUGAAUGUGACCCCGUGGAAGACCAAAAGUAUAUUCCACAAUAGCCAGCCAGUCACCUACGGCGGCUGCCACGUAAAACACCGCUGCUUCCUCGCCUUUCCGGCGCACGCAUCGCACACCUUGCGAUUUGAAUACGAACCACGGCUCUGGAAAGUGGAAGCUGCCAUGGCUUUCGUCUCCGUUCAAAAUUCAAAAAGGAAAGCCGCGACGGCGACCGGUGAACGCGUUCCAUUAUGUGUCAUGCCACGUGAAAAGUCCAUGGCCCGAGCACCGGAUGCCGUGUCGCACUUGCGAGACGACGGUCAUGGUCCAGCGGUCCGGUCCCGUCCGGCACAGGCACAGCGAUGCCGCCACCACUUGGACGCACGCCGCCAAAGACCUGCCUGCGGCGGAGUGCGGCCUGCCUCUGGAAGGUUUGGGCGAGUCGACGUCAUGCUGCGAGCUGCGACCGUGAUCGGCACCGCUGAACCUGUACGUGCACGGGAGGAAGGCGCCGUGCCGCCCGCGCAGGCGCAGCCGUCGCCCGACAAGGACAAGGAGCCGGGCUCGCGAGGGAAUGAGCGCGUGAGCGCGGUGAAACGGGAGCGGAAAAGCUCGAGGCUGUUGUAA